AUGUUGGAAGCCGAUUCCUGUCACCGACUCCGGCCCACUGAAGAGCGGAGGGGGAAGAGUGUCGAGGGGCGCACGGCUCGGCCGAGCCGGGUGGCUGGGGAUCCCCCCCGGCGUCACCUCGCUUCCCGCCCUGCGGGGGCGCCGCCGCCCCUGGCCCGCGGCCGCCCCUCCCCCCGUCGCCGGCCGGGUUGUGUAACCCGGUGGCGGCCGCGCGGCCCCGGGCGGGUCCCUGGGGUGAGGGGCGGGGGCGGUUGGGGUGGGGGAGGGAAGCGGCCACGAGGGGAGCGGCCUGCGUCGGGCCCCGCGUGCUGGCGGCCGCGUUUCCCGCUCCCGGGUGCGGCGGGAGGCGCGGGCGGUCGGGGCGGGGAGCCGGCCUCGAAGCGGGGCCGAGGGAGAAGGAGGCCGCGGGCGGCGGCCGCGAGCGCUCCUGGGGCAGGAGGGCUUGGACGGGGGGGCGGGAGGGAUACAUUUUGGGUAGAGGCGGUGCCUGAAGACCGGGAACCUCGUCUCCUGCCAGGCUAUGGUGAACUAAAUGGUAAUGCUGGAGAAAGAGAAAUAUCUUUAAAGAGCCUGGGUUCUGAUGAAGCCACCAACCCUAUUUCCAGGGUCCUCAAUGGCAACCAACAAGUUGUAGACACUAAUCUGAAGCAGACUGUAAAGUCCAGCACCUUUGGGAAAGCAGGAAUUAAAACCAGGCAUUUCAUUCAGAAAAACAGUAUGGACAAAAAGAAUGGGAAGUCUUAUGAAAAUAAAUCUGGAGAGAACCAAUCUGUAGACAAGACUGAUACCGUAGCAAUUCCAAAUGGUGUUGUAACAAAUAAUUCUGGCUAUAUUGCUAAUGGUUAUAUGGGCAAAGGAGCAGAUAAUGAUGGUAGUGGAUCUGAGAGCGGAUAUACCACUCCUAAAAAAAGGAAAGCUAGGCGCAAUAGUGCCAAGGGUUGUGAAAACCUUAAUUUAGUGCAGGACAAAAUAAUGCAACAAGAGACCAAUGUCCCAACCUUAAAACAGGGACUUGAAACUUUCAAGCCUGACUACAGUGAACAAAAGGGAAAUCGAGUAGAUGGUUCAAAGCCCAUUUGGAAGUAUGAAACUGGGCCUGGAGGAACAAGUCGAGGAAAACCUGCUGUGGGUGAUAUGCUGAGGAAAAGCUCUGAUAUCAAGCCUAGUGUGAGCAGCAAAAAGUUUGAUGAUCGGCCCAAAGGAAAGCAUACUUCUGCUGUUGCCUCCAAAGAGGACUCGUGGACCCUAUUUAAACCACCCCCAGUUUUUCCAGUGGACAAUAGCAGUGCUAAAAUAGUUCCUAAAAUAAGUUAUGCAAGCAAAGUUAAGGAAAACCUCAACAAAACUGUACAGAACUCUUCCAUGUCACCAUCUUCAUCUUCAUCCUCUUCGUCAUCUACUGGGGAAACUCAGACCCAAUCUUCAAGUCAAUUAUCCCAGGUCCCUAUGUCAGCGCUGAAAUCUGUUACUUCGGCCAGCUUCUCUAAUGGGCCAGUUUUAGCAGGGACUGAUGCAAGUGUGUAUUCUCCUGGGGGUCAGCCACUGCUAACUACUGCUGCUAAUACGCUAACACCCAUCUCUUCUGGGACUGAUUCAGUUCUCCAAGACAUGAGUCUGACUUCAGCAGCUGUUGAACAAAUUAAGUCCAGCCUUUUUAUCUACCCUUCAAAUAUGCAAACUGUGCUGUUGAGCACAGCACAAGUGGAUCUACCCUCUCAGACAGAUCAGCAAAACCUGGGGGAUAUCUUCCAGAAUCAGUGGGGUUUAUCAUUUAUCAAUGAGCCCAGUGCUGGCCCUGAGACUGUUAUUGGGAAAUCAUCAGAUCAUAAAGUGAUGGAGGUGACAUUUCAAGGGGAAUAUCCUGCCACUUUGGUUUCACAGGGUGCUGAAAUAAUCCCCUCAGGAACUGAGCAUCCUGUGUUUCCCAAGGCUUAUGAGCUGGAAAAACGGACUAGUCCUCAAGUUCUGGGUAGCAUUCUAAAAUCUGGGACUACUAGUGAGAGUGGAGCCUUAUCCUUGGAACCCAGUCAUAUAGGUGACCUGCAAAAAGCAGACACCAGUAGUCAAGGUGCUUUAGUGUUUCUCUCAAAGGACUAUGAGAUAGAAAAUCAAAAUCCUCUGGCGUCUCCUACGAACACUUUGUUAGGCUCCGCCAAAGAACAGAGAUACCAGAGAGGCCUAGAAAGGAAUGAUAGCUGGGGUUCUUUUGACCUGAGGGCUGCUAUUGUAUAUCACACUAAAGAAAUGGAAUCUGUUUGGAAUUUGCAGAAGCAAGAUCCCAAAAGGAUAAUCACUUACAAUGAAGCCAUGGAUAGUCCAGAUCAAUGAAGGACCAGACUGCCUAUUUGUAACCUUUCUGCAGCAUUAGAGCCACCGUUCAUGGGGGAUACAAGGCUUUUAUGCUCCUAGAUCUUCAACGCAGCAGAGGAACCAUAAGUAGAAUCACAGGAUAAUAUAUACAAAUAUAUAUAUAUAUACAUAUAUAUAUAUAGUUAUUUAAAAAAAAGGCACCUGAAAGU